AUGGACCUGUCGAACGAUGACGGUGACCCAUUAUUUAUUCGUGCAAAAAUUAAAGUGUAUAAUCCAGAUGAUUAUUAUUCAACGAAGAUCAUUCCUGUUCCACGAAUGAAAGAAUAUAAUAUUAUUUGUUCAACUGGUGUUCCAUUAUUAACUUUAUCCGUUAAACAUUGUGUUGAGUUGGGUCUGGACGAGUAUGAUCGUCGAAUUGAACCGGAUCAAUAUGGUUGUCAAUUGAAAAAAGUGUUCUAUCGUUCGGCUGUUGUUGAAUUUCAAGGAAAACCAACACCGACAGAAGUCAUCGGAUAUGAUUAUGAAACAUAUAACCGACCGUUGCUUGGGAUGAACACAAUGAUUGCAAUGAAAUUAUAUUUGGACAUACCAAAUCAUCGCAUUAUACAAUUAGACAAUUAA